AUGCGGACCCGGAUGCCCUUCGACGAUGUGGCCUGGGAACAGAGCGAACUGAUCUCAGACACCUGGGUCAAAGACAUAUUCAAGCCAGACAAUCUGCGGGUACUUGGAAACUGUAUUGUCAAACACCGCGCAGGAAAUGCCAUCGAACUGUGCGAUCCGCGGGGAGGUGCAUUCAACGUGUCCUUUCGCAUGAACUUCCAGGUCGGAAAUCCCGCCUUGAUUCGUCUGACGAAGCCUGGCACGACGAUGUUUCCUGAUGAGAAGUCUCGGUAUGAGGUUGCUGUCAUUGCCUUGCUCCGGGAUCGGACGUCGAUUCCUCUGCCAUUCGUCCUGCACUGGGGCACCAAGAAGGAAAGUCCCCUUGGUGACAGCGCGUUUAUGAUAAUGGACUAUAUUGAGAAUAGUGGGACCAUGGAUGCCCUACUCAACAGACCAUCUUUCAAGAGAGAAGACCGGCCAAUUCUCGAUCCGGAUAUCGACACUGCAAAGCUGGACAUGCUGUACGGACAAAUGGCCGAUAUUCUACUGCAGCUAUCCACAGUGAGACUCCCUCGCAUCGGAAGCAUCACUCAAGUCGACGACUUCACAUGGGAAGCAACAUCCAGACCUCUAACAAUCGUAAUGAACCAGCUCGUCGCACUGGGAACCCUACCGCGAGCGAACCUCCCAUCUACCUCCUUCGACUCCGCAUCCUCCUAUUUCUCGUCCCUAGCAGACCUGCACAUGGACCAUCUAAUCCAUCAGCGCAACGACGCAGUUGAUUCAGCAGACGACUGUCGCAGGAAAUUCGUCGCGCGGACACUCUUCCGGAAACUUGCCAAAGAAGGCCGGCUGGCUUCAUCUACCAUGGAUAAUGGCCCCUUUCCUAUAUGGUGUGACGAUUUUCGGCCUGCGAAUGUUCUUGUUAAUGAAGACAUGGAGGCAGUGGCCGUCGUGGACUGGGAAUUCUCCUAUGCUGCCCCUGUUGAGUUCUCACAUGCACCUCCUUGGUGGCUUCUCCUUGAGCAACCGGAGUACUGGCCCGAGGGACUGGAUGCUUGGGAAGGUGUAUUCGAUAUGCGUCUGAAAACGUUCAUCAAUGUGCUUGUAGCGCGUGAGAACGGUGCCAUUCGUCGUGGAAGGCUUCGCGAGGAUCAACGGCUGUCUGGGGCCAUGGUCAGGAGCUGGGAAACUGGGGAUUUCUGGGUGGUGUAUGCGGCGAGGAAGAGCUUUGCGUUUGAUGCUAUUUUUUGGAAGAAGAUUGAGCCCCGGUUCUUUGGGGCGAGUGAGGUGCCGGAGGAACGGUGGAGAGAUAGACUUUGUCUGCUUGAUAGUGAAGAGAAGGAGGACAUGGAAAUGCUGGUUAAACGGAAGCUGGAGGAGAUGAAGGAGAGAGUGUUGGCAUGGGAUGUAGAGACGUCAAUAUGA